AUGGUGACCACAAGAGGCAUGGAGAAUCCAGACCCAAUCCAGAUGAUAAGAGACCUGCAGGCGCAGUUGGAAGAGCAAGCCCGAACCAUUGCAACCUUGCAGCAGGAAUUACAACAGAAAAAGACUGACGACGCCGAACGUAGCAAAGAAAAACAACACGACCGAGAGGCCCCUAUGCCCGAUCGACCUCCACCUCACGUGGAGAAAUUCGACGGUACAACGAAUCCAGAAUAUCAUUUGCGGAAUUUCGUCGAGUCAAUGGCCUUCUACACUCAAAGUGAUCCGGUAAAAUGUCGGGCGUUCUUUCUGUCGCUGAGGGGAGAAGCCCUUGAAUGGUACUACACCCUUCCACCAAAUUCGGUGGACAAUUUUCGCACGCUGACAAACAUGUUCACGAAGCAAUAUUCCACCAACCGACAUGAAGAAGUGACUGCUGCCGAACUAGUCAAUCUCAGACAGGGAAAAGACGAAACUCUCAGAGCUUUCAUGCACCGAUACAACCAAGCCGCCCGGAGGAUAAAGGGAGCCAGUCCCGAAUUCAUCAUCAGCAGCCUACCCAAUUGCCUAAAGCCAGGAUUCGUCUCUGAAAGCCUAUACGCCAAAUCACCCCGUACGCUGGAGGAGCUACAACAAAAGAUGGCUAAGUUCAUUAAAAUGGAAGACCAGAGAAUCUCUCGAAAGCAACAACACGAGGAGCAUUUGACGAAUAUUAACAAAAGAGAAGGCAAACGAAAAAAUGACAACGUCCGGGAACAAAAACCAGUCGUGAAUCUGAAUCCCAGAUACGAUCGCUACGCGCACCUCACCGCCCCUAGAAAAAAGGUGUUGGAACGAGCUCUACAGUCGAACCUCAUCUCUCAAAGAAGAAAAUUUCCACCGAAAAACAUGGAUGUAACGCAGAUUUGCCGAUUCCAUAAUUCGGGGGGACAUACUACUGAAGGCUGCCAGACUCUCAAAGAUGAAAUAGAGAAGCUAAUCCGUGCCGGACAUCUUCGUGAAUUUGUGAAGGAAGAUUCUGGCCGUGUGGGACACUCACCCAGAAGGACACGAAGAAGCCCGGAGCAAGCCAAACGAAAAAGUAAUUACUCACGCGACCGUUCUCGUAGUCCUCCGAUUCACAGAUCCCGCAGUAGGCCGAGAGAGCGGGAACCUAUAAUAAAAGGCAGGAUUGACACCAUCUCAGGAGGAUUCGCUGGAGGAGGCGCUUCAUCCUCAGCACGGAAGAGACACUUGAGAAAUUUGCAUAGCAUACACUCAGUGAUACGCAAUCCAGCGUCGAUGUCGGACAUUACAUUUACAAACAAAGAUUUUCACGCACCAGACCCCGAUCAGGAUGACCCCAUGGUCAUCACCACCCGCAUUGCACAAUACGAUGUAAGUAAAGUCCUCGUCGAUCAGGGUAGUGCAGUUAAUAUAUUAUACUAG